AUAAAGAUAAAAGAGCAGCCAAAAUCACAAACAGCCAAAGAAGGGUCAAAAGUUGAACUAGCUUGCAAGAUUGAGAGAGCGAGCAAGAAGUUCAUGUAUCAGUGGUAUAAAGAUGGUGUUGCCAUGGAUGGAAAGAACAAGACCGUUCUUGUUCUGGAUCCAGUUGAGCUGCGGGAUUUUGGGUCUUACGUGUGUCAUGUGAGCUUUAAGGAUUCAUAUGAUGAAGGCGAAGAGACAAACACUGCAAUACUUGACGUCAUCCCUCAGCCGGGGCGUAAUGGAAUGAGACCGAAACUUCUGACAGAGUUAGACUUCGACACGAUGUAUGAUGUGGCAUUGCUAUUGGAAAUCAAGAAACCUGGGCUCAGGGACUGGAGAGCAAUUGGUCUUAAAUACGGUAUCAGAGAUUACAAGCUAACGGCUAUGGCUAAUUCCGGUGAACCUGGGACAGAACUCCUCCAAUUUUUGAGAGCGUCCAUCCCAGAUUUGACGGUAUAUGAUUUUUGUAAAACACUCAAAGAAGACAGCUUUAAGAGGUUGGACAUUGUAGCGAAACUAGAGAAUCACCUUUUAGUCGCGAUCAGUGACUAA